CAGAGGAAAUUUCUGAAAAAUAUUAAAAACUCUCAAUAAUAUAUAUAAUUCCUUCUUCGGCGCGCGACUCCACCGGCGACGCAGAGAUGAUCAGUAUUGCAAGCAGUGUCGGCGUGAUACCAUCGCCGGUGACGGCGUCAGCGUCGGCGGCCGCUCGUCCCGCCUGUUCUAUUACGACGGUAUCCACUAGUGUUGAUGUCAAAUCGUCCUAUUCCUCGUCCGUUAGUUCUCUAUCGUCAGUUGUUGCUAAUCCUUUCAACUGCUUGAUUAGAAGAGGGAGGAGAAUUUGUAGCGAGGUUACAGUCAAAUCAGAUUCCAGAGGUUCCUCUUCUGCUACUGUUGUUUCGGCGGCGGCGACGUCAUUGUCUGAGGAGGAGACUGGCGAAGCGGCUGCUACUAGAAUUGGAGCGAAAGUUAGGGUUAAGGUACCUUUGAAGGUGUAUCAUGUAGCGAAGUUGCCGGAGGCGAAUCUUGAGGGGAUGGAAGGAGUGCUGAAGGACUAUGUACGCGUUUGGAAGGGAAAACAUGUUUCUGCUAAUCUUCCGUAUAAGGUGGAGUUUGUUGUUCCGGUUGAAGGCCGGCCUCCGGUCAAAUUCGUCGCUCAUCUGAAGGAGGAUGAAUUUGAAUACGUUUAAUCAGGCUGAUUGAAUCUCCAGACCAAGGCAAUUACUGUUUUUCCGAUUCCGAACUCCUUUGUGCAGUAUUAUUAUCAACCUUUCAAGGUUCGAUCAUCUUCCAUUUACACCAUUUACUCUUUUGCCUUGUAAUGUAGAAAAUGCUCGAAUGUUUUUCCUUUGAGCUGCUUAACUUUCUCGAUUUUCUAUGUGGCUCUGUAAAAUAAUUGAACCAAGAGGGAAAUUUAGUCAUCCAAUACAUGUCAAAUCAAAUGGUUUCAAAA